GGCAGCCAUUCUUCUCGCACAUGUUUCUCUCUCUUUCGCAUUCAUACGAUUCUUGUCUACCGUGAUUCUAUUUGAAUGAACGUUUACGUGUACAACUGGUUGCGCGGGCCUAAGUUGUCAAGCGAGAGAAAAGGAAAAAUGGCGGACGAGAAUGAGGAUCAGUGGUUGUAUGGGGAUUCGACCGAUGGAAAAGAGUUUACACCGACAUCCGUUGAGCCAGAAAGCCAAGAAAAUGAUUCGACGCCUUCUGCGGCUCAGGAAAAAUCACAAACUUCGGAAGAUCAAAAGCUGGAAGGCGUUCCCGACCCAGUAACAGAGUCACCUGAAGAGGCAGAACCGCCAGAAGAAGAAUCUCCACCCACUAACGAUAGUCCAAAUGAUAGUAAUACAGAUGUAAAUAAAAAUGGAGUGAGAGAGCCAUCGAGUCAAGAAGAUGGUGAAGCAGCUAGUGACACAGAUUCCGAUGACGACGUGCACGUUGUCAUCGGGGAUAUCAAAUCGACUCCUGCGUAUGGCAGUCUCAAUAUUAAAAGAGGAGGAUUGCUUACAAAUGCAUCAGGGGUACCCGAUAAAUUGAACAAACAACCAGGAAAAUUUAGCAUAGAUGAAUUUGAAACUAUAGGUGUUAUCAAUGGUAUGCCUGCUCAUGAAUUUAAUUUAGAUCAAUUAGAAGAUAAACCUUGGAGACAACCCGGUGCAGACAUUACCGAUUACUUUAAUUACGGUUUCAAUGAGGAAACAUGGAGAGCGUAUUGCGAAAGACAGAAGAGAAUGAGAAGUGAAUCUGGAGUUGGUUUGAUAUUGAACGCGGGCGGAGGAGGCGGUAACGCUGGCAGUAUGCGCGUACCUCAAGUGGCGAUUACUAACGAUAACAGUAAAUAUUCCGGUAUAAUGGGACCUAAGAGAGCAGGACCACCUCCAGGAAGGAAAAUGGCAGGAACUAUAGAUGUAAUUGGUAGUUCUGGUUUAGCCUCCAGACGGAAUCUUGACAAAUCCCCGCCAAAAGGAAACGUGAUACAAGUGAUGACCGCAGAUAGGAGGGAGUACUCUAGAAAACCAGGUUUCCCCGAUAUGAGUGUGCCACCACCAGGAGCAGGAAUGCCUCCCGCGUUUGAUAUGCCCCCUCCUGGUUAUCCCGGAGAACCAGGCCCCUUUUACAUGCCAGAAACAGAUCCGUACUAUCAAAGCUACGAACCCACCCAGGAUAAUCAGUGGGGCAACGAUCCGACGUGGCAGCCAACGAAUUUAGCUAUUCCAAUGACAGAAGGAGACGACGACAAAGAUACCGGUCCCAAGACGAUACCAACCAUGGUGCCCCCUACGAAUAUCCCUCCGCUAUUACCACCCAGAGACUCUAGAGAUCGUGAAAGGGAUCGGGACAGGGAGAGAGAUCGCGACAGAGAACUAGACUCGAUGGGAAGAGACAGGGAACGAGAUAAGGACAGAGAUCGCGAUCGCGAAAGGGAAAAGGAUUCCAUGAUAAGAGAACGUGAGAGGGAAAGAGACUCGAUGUCGAGGGACGACGAAAGGGACCGCGAUAGAUCUCGUUCCCAAUAUCGACACAAAGAGCGGCAUCGCCACCGAUCGAGAUCGCGAUCUCGCAGACACAAAUCCAGAUCCAGAAGUCCGAGUCGACGUAAGAAGAAAUCUAGACGCUCCGAGAGGGAACGCUCUAAAGAAGAAAGCGAAUAAAAAUAAAAACGGUUACUUACGAACAUCCAACGGUCACAUUGACUCGUUGAAUCUUUCAACAAUGUAACUUUUCGCGCGACAGACAUGAUUUGCACGAUAUUAAUUCUCGUUCACGUCGAAUACGCGAUUUUUAGCCAAGAAAUGAAUUAUAAACAAUAACAAUAAACUUUAUCUUUAACGGCACGUAAGUUUCGUCAAAUCAGAAUCCUCGUGUGUAGAACGCAAUCUUGUAUUUAAUAUUUACAAUAAACCGGGAUACGUCUACAAGGGAACGAAGUACAAACGGGAACGUAGGGGUCACCGAAACCACCGAAUUUAUGCCAUUCAAUGUAUGGUUUUAUAUCAUAAUGUUAUUACAGAAAUGGUAUUUUAUAAUAAUUAAAAGUAAUUGUAUUUUAUUGGUAAA